AUGCCUGGUAAACGAAAGUUUGCAGGCAUUGGGAGACCUGCGAAGCGACCCAAUUAUCAGACCAUCCUUGAUGAGUGCGAGGUCACUAUUGCACUCAUCAAGGAUGCUCUUGAAUUACUCGCGAGUUUGCGCAAUGGCGCUGUUAAAAACGAGUUUAUAGCGCGAUGGGUUGCAGAAUGUUCUUGCAACGAACAAGUUUUAACAAGUCUUUUAAGAUCUAUGCAAUUUACGCAUGAGAAAAGUCGUUGCCAGAACAUUCUACAAUUCAUUAUGAGAUUUAGAGUUUUGUUCGAAUCUCAAGCGGUAGAGGGCGGUGGUAUACAAGACCCUAAUAUUAAUAAUCGCGUGCGUUGGGCUAUGUGUGAGUCAGCGUUUGAGUGCCGAUUGUACACGUAUGUCAUAUUAAAUAUUGUACAUGUAGAUAUAGGUGCGUUUUUGAACGAUGCGGCCAUUUUGUUUCAAGAGCACAUUCAAGAUGCCUUAAAUCAAAAUGGUCCCAUUAUCGUAUAUGGUGUUUUAACUGCUAAUUUUAAAAGAGUGCAGAAUGAAGUGGAGGUAGUGCAGCCAAUUCCAUUCUCUUCUAAAUCUAACAGCAUCUUCCCCACAACUUCAUUGGAGGAUUGGUUCGAGGUCAAUUUGAAGCAGCCAAUCCUGAGGAAUGUGGAGGAGUUCCAUGAGAAGGGGUCCAGCUGGAAUCUGCAGUCUAUAGUUAAGUUAGAAAUUAAUGUUAAUAAAUAUAACCCCAUGCGUGCGAGUUCAUAUAUCAGUUUACCCCCAAAAAUAAGAGCCAAACAUGCGUGUAUUAAUGUAGAAAAUGAAAAAGAUAAUAAGUGUUUUAAAUGGGCUAUACUUUCCGCUUUACAUGACGUGUCACAUCCCGAACGUGUGUCUAGUUACACUGAUAUUGAAAAUGAAUUAAAUUUUGAUGGUAUUGAAUUCCCUGUAGCGCUGAAAAGUAUACCUAAAUUUGAAAUGCUUAACAAUAUCUCGAUAAAUGUAUACGGUCUUACCAAAAGAUAUGGUAAUUUCUCUGUUCACCCUCUUCAUCUGACCGCAGAGAAGAGGGAUCAGCAUGUAAACCUGUUACAUGUAGUAGAUUAUUAUAUAGAUGAAAGUGUUAAUGAAGAUAAUGUAAACAAUGAUUCAAACGAUAUUGAUUUUAUGAAUUUCCACUAUGUUUGGAUUAAAAAUUUAUCGCGGUUAGUAUCCAAACAAUUGACUAACCAUAAAUGUAAAAAAUAUAUUUGUGAUCGUUGUUUACACUAUUUUUCAUCAGCGGAAAAAUUGAAUGUACACGAUGAAAAAUGUAAACGUAUGAAUGUAUGUAGCGUAAAAUUACCGAAUGCUGAAAAUUGUAAAAUUACCUUUAAAAAUUAUGAUAAUAAGGAGAAAGUUCCUUUUAUCAUCUAUGCCGACUGUGAAAGUUUACUUCUUCCCGUUGAAGAAGAUACAGAUAAUUUAAGUAAAACUGAAAUUUUCCAGCGUCAUAAAUUGCUUAGUAUAGGUUAUUAUGUAAAAUGUAGUUACGAUGACUCAUUGUCCGUGUAUGUACCGUGUCCGAGGCAGGAAAAUGAUCCUGCCAAGUGGUUUGCUGACGAGUUAAGGCAAUUUUCCGAGAAAAUUGAUAAUGUAUUUAAGAAUCCUAUUUCUAUGGAUGCCUUAACUCCUCAGCAAAUUGCUGAUUUUAAAAAAGCAAGCGUAUGCCAUAUUUGCCGUAAGAAUAUUCCAGCUAAUGUUAAAAAGGUUCGCGAUCAUUGUCAUCUUACUGGCAAAUAUAGAGGUGCUGCGCAUGAAUCAUGCAACUUGAAUUAUCAUGAGUGCCAAAUUGUACCCAUUGUAUUUCAUAAUUUAAGUGGGUACGAUGCACACUUUAUAAUUCAUGCUGUAUCGACGAGCUUUGAAGGCCGAGUUGACCUCCUCCCCUUGAACAAGGAGAAAUAUAUAUCCUUUACGAAAAAUAUCAAGGGGAGUGUGGUUAAAUUACGCUUCAUUGACUCGUUUAGAUUCAUGGCAGCAUCUCUAGAAAAAUUAGCGUCAUAUCUUGACGAAUAUAAAAUUGUUGAAUCCGUAUUUGCCAGUACGGUGACAGAUCGUGAAAAAAUUAAAUUAUUAACGAGAAAAGGUGUCUUCCCUUACGAGUAUUUAGACUCGCGAAGUAAGUUGGAUGACACCGAAUUACCAGCCAAAGAGAGAUUCUAUAGUACUCUCUAUGAUGCUGGUAUAUCCGAUGGUGAAUAUGAGCAUGCGCAAAAAGUCUGGUCUGAAUUUAAUUGUCAAACCUUUAACGAUUACGUUCACCUUUAUAUGAAAACAGACGUGUUAUUACUCGCCGAUGUCUUUGAGAACUUUCGCGAACAAUGUUUAAACGCGUACAGGUUAGAUCCAGCACACUAUUAUACUACCCCCGGUUUAACUUGGGAUGCUAUGCUCAAAUAUACGGGCAUAACAUUGCAACUUAUAACCGAUAUAGACAUGAUGAUGUUUAUUGAGUCGGGUAUCAGAGGUGGUAUUAGCCAGUGUUGUAACCGUUACGCUAAAGCGAACAAUCCCUAUAUGGAUCAGUUCGAUCCUACGCAAGACACCCAAUAUAUUAUGUAUUUUGACGCGAAUAAUUUAUAUGGUUGGGCAAUGGCACAAGCGCUACCAAUUGGUGGUUUCAAGUGGAUUGCCAACCCAGACGAGACCUUUGACUUCAACGUACCCGACGACUCUUCAGUCGGGUACAUGUUGGAAGUCGAUCUCGAAUAUCCUGAGAGCCUUCACGAUUCUCAUAAAGACUUACCGUUUUGCGCAGUUAAUGCAAAACCUCCCAUGUCUAAGCAGGAGAAAUUACUCACAACUCUCCUGCCUAAAGAGAAGUACGUGAUGCAUUAUCGUGCAUUGAAACAGGCUCUUGGGAACGGUCUCAAACUAGUCAAAAUACAUCGGGUGCUCCAAUUCAACCAAUCACAAUGGUUGAAACCCUAUAUAGACUAUAAUACUGCCAUGCGAACAACUGCGAAAAAUGAAUUUGAAAAGAAUUUAUUCAAAUUAAUGAAUAACGCAGUGUAUGGUAAGACCAUGGAAAAUGUUCGCAAGCAUGUAGACAUUAAAUUGGUUACACACUGGUUCGGCAGAUAUGGUGCCGAAGCCCUUAUCUCUCGGCCCAAUUUCCACAGUCGUGCAAUAUUCGAUGAAGACCUUGUGGCCAUCGAAUUACGAAAGACUGAGGUCCUACUCAAUAAACCGAUUUAUGUGGGUUUAAGUGUGUUGGAUGUCUCGAAAACGCUUGUCUAUGACUUUCACUACAGUUACAUGCUUCCGAAAUAUGGUAAAGCAUGUAAACUGUUGUACACAGACACUGACAGUCUAGUGUACGUAGUGAAAUGUCAAGACAUAUAUAAAGAUAUGAAAGAAGACAUCCACAAGUUCGACACAUCUGACUAUCCGGUAAACAAUGCGUAUGGUAUUCCGCAAGUCAACAAAAAAGUACUCGGCCUAAUGAAGGACGAGUGCAAUGGUAAAAUUGUUACCGAAUUUGUUGGCUUGCGGAGUAAAAUGUAUAGCAUACGCGUUGAAGGUGAAGAUUUCGUUAAGAAAGCUAAAGGCAUUAAAGCGGGAGUCGUCAAAAAGUCUAUUCAUUUUGACGAUUACGUUGAAUGCUUGCGUGAUUUUAAGAUUCAGACUAGAACUCAAUACAACAUUAGGUCACGGUUACAUAAUAUAGAAACAGUUAAACAAGUUAAAGUAGCAUUAAAUCCGUAUGAUGAUAAAAGGUACUUGCUUACCGAGAGUACUGAUACUCUACCCUGGGGUCACUAUAGGAUCCCAGAAAUCGAAGAAUUGUAA